AUUUUUAAAUGUGAAAUUUAAAAAGACAAAAAAUUGUUCUAAAGUGAUUUAGGAAAAAAAAAAACCCAAGAAAUUUUCAAAUUUACAAUCAAUUAUAUGAUGUUUGAGAUAAAUAAUAUAAAUGUCAGACCAUAAUAAAUAUGCAGUAUAUUUGUCAGUUAAAUAUGUGUUUUGAAGUAGCUGUUAGUGUCGCAUAAUCAUCAUAUAUAUUCGAUAUCAGAAAAAUUAAAAAAUUAUACAGAAUAUGGGUCCUUAUCCUUGGCCAAUAUUUGGAAAUUUAAAAUUAUUAAGAAAACUUAGUAAACAAUUUGGUGGACAACAUAUUGCGUUCUUAAAGCUUGCAAAACAAUAUAACAGUGAUGUUAUUAGUCUACGUUUAGGUACUUCACGUGUUAUUGUAGUUUGCGGAUUUGAGACUGUACAAAAAAUUUUACGUGAUGAAAAUUUCGAUGCACGUCCUUGGAACGAAUUUGUUAAAAUAAGAAAUAUGGGCUUAAGAAAAGGUAUUACAAUGACGGAUGGUUCCGAAUGGAAAGAAAUGCGAGGAUGGUUAGUGCGCUGUCUUCGAAACUUGGGAUUUGGUCGAGAAGAGAUGACAAACAAAAUAAACGACGAACUCAAAAUUAUAAUCGAUAAAUUAAAGCUUAAAAAUAAUGGACCUGUUCGUAUGAAGCCUAUAAUAGCUCCAGCAGUUAUCAAUGUAAUUUGGAGUCUUGUAACGGGAGAAAGGAUAGAUGACGAAAAUAAAUUGAUAUAUUUUCUUGACCUUAUGGAAAGACGAUCAAAAGCAUUCGAUAUCGCUGGUGGGAUUCUCUCUAUUUUUCCUUGGAUACGAUACUUUGCUCCCAAGACAUCUGGUUACGAGUUAUUAGUUACUUUGAAUAACGAACUUAAAGAAUUUUUAAUGGAAACUAUUGAAGCACAUAAAAAAACAUAUAUCAAAGGUAGUGAAAAGGAUUUAAUUGAUAUGUUCUUGACAGAAAUGUAUCAAGAAAAAAGAUCGGAAGCAGGUUUUACUGAAGAUCAAUUAUUAAUGAUAUUAAUUGAUCUUUUCAUUGCUGGAGUGCAGACAACUGCAGUUACUUUGGAUUUUCUUUUUUUAUAUAUGACUGUUCAUCAAGAUAUUCAAUCGAAACUUCAUGGCGAGUUAGACUCUGUGAUUGGUACAAAACGUCUUCCACAAUUAAACGAUAGACCAAUGUUACCGUUUAUGGAAGCUGUAAUAGCAGAAUCUCAAAGACUCCGAUUAGUUGUUCCUAUAAUUGGACCACGUCGAGCCCUCAAAAAAACAAAUCUCAAUGGAUAUAAAAUACCGGAAAAUUCUUGUAUUCUUAUGAAUAUAUACAGUAUUCAUAUGGAUCCUGAAAUAUUUCAAAACCCUCAGUUAUUUAAGCCAGAAAGAUUUCUUGUAAAUAAUAUAUAUACUCCUAACAAGAAACUUAUAUUUUUUGGCGGUGGUCACCGACGAUGUCCCGGAGAAAUAGUCGCUAAAUGCGCAAUAUUUUUAUUAUUUGCUGGGAUAAUGAAAAGUUAUAAGUUACUUCCGGUAUCAAGUAAUAAUUUGCCAGAGAUGGACCCACAGCCUGGAUUAACUAUUUCACCAAAACCAUACGAAGUUUUACUAAUCGAACGAUAAAGUUUAAUUUUUUAGGAUAUCCUUACGUUGCACGUGAGUUGAAUGAGAAUUCCUAAUUUAGUUUCUACUUUCAAUUAUUCAUUGUUAUUUUAUAGAUGAAUAUUUAUCAAAAUGUUUUGUAAGUGUCGAUGAAAAAAAAAAUAAAUUUUACUAUUAGAAAUAAAGAUUGACUGCAUUUAAUCACAUUUUUAAUUUAACAAAGUCAACUUUGAUCAUUAUCUAUAUUUUAUAAGUGAAGUUUUUCAUGUAGAAUCGGAUCGUUUGAAAAAUUUCAAUUUUGGAUUUAAUUCAUUGUUUAUACCAUUGCUUAUGAAUAAACUUAACGAGUCGGUACUAAUUUUAAACACCUGUUUACAGUGAAAAAUUGUAACAACUACUUAAAGAAAUUAGAAAAAUAAUAAACAGUGACAAAAAUUAGUAUUCAUAACGAUUAAAGCCAUUCUCUAACGGGUUCCCCCAUUUUUUCAAAAAAUGUUGUGCCGCCUAGUGGCCGGCAGUCGCACUAAAAAAAGUACCAGUGUUACGUUUUUAUUGCACGGUGUUGAUGUUCACCUCAGCUAGUUUCGUAAUAUUUCUAGGUAUUGACUUCUCGACAGCAAAUCACCUCACGGUGAUCCGAAAGAGCUGGUGUUGUAUUUGGACAUAACAAUAACUUUAUUCACAAAUGAUAGUUAUAGAAUUUAUAAGUUGAAAGUAUACACUUAUGAUACAAAUUAAAUCUGUUCAGUAAUCAAGCUUACAGAAGGUACAAUACUGGCCAAUAAUUCUUGAGGGGUAGCAUAGAAUCGGUAAAAAAAAAUGUCUCAAAAUGAAAAUGUAUAUGACUACUUUCAUACAAAUGUAAAAAUAUAAAAAUAAAAAGUUGUAAAAAAAAAAUUCAAUAAUUAAAAAUAUAUAUAUAUAUUAAUAAAAUGUAAAAUUAUAAACAUGUAUUGUAAAAUAAGUAAAUA